CUCUACUCUGGCAUUUCUUCCCUUGUUUCUCAGUUGUCCCAUCCUUCCUAUUCCUCCAGAUUCUGACCCAAGAUGUCAGACGAACCAUCAUCCUCCCUCGUCACAAACCUUUCCUCUCGAUUUCCUCUCACUGUCCCUAUACCAACCCCUCUCACCCACCCACAUCUCAUUUCCCAUGCCGAUCUGGCGACAGAAGAAGAUCUUCUCCACAAUCCUGACAACCUUAGAUCCUGGCUCUCCUACAUUGGUCAAAUCAAAGACAGAAUAUCCAAAACCCUCCCACUUGCUCCCGACACUCCUUCACCGGAAGAACAACUCCUUGGUCCACUUUCAUCCCACGUUGCAAGAGAAGGACUUCAACAAUUAGUCAGUAUAUACGAACGUGCUCUCGCCGUCUUCCCGUCCAGCUUCAAGCUUUGGAGGGGAUACAUAGUGACAAGACAAGCUUACGUUCUCGGAGAACCUACGGAACAAGCCAAAAAGGCUAGACAACAACAUGCGAAGCGGGGUGCAACGUACAAAACGAGCGUCACUGAGAUGCUUGAUGGUGCCGAAGAAGAAUUUCAAUGGGAAGGAGGUUUAGAUGGUGUGGUAGGAUAUCAAGAAUGGCGUAGUCUGUUUGCGGUAGGGGAGAGAAUGUUGGGUUGGUUGAGUCAUCUUCCCGUACCUUGGUUAUUGCAUCUCUCGGUGUUAUUACAUCCGAAAUGUCCAGCACCGUUCAAGUGGACAUACGCAAGGAGAACUUUCGAUCGUGCUUUGCGUACCUUACCACCUAGUUUGCAUGCUAGAGUGUGGGGUCUCUAUCUAAGAUGGGCGGAGAUGGUAGGUGGAGAAGCGGGGGAGAGAGUAUGGAGACGAUUCCUGAAAGCGGAUAAUAGUCUCACAGAAAGACAUAUUUCAUUUCUACUCGAUUCUAAACCUCCUCAACCUCUUACAGCCGCCAAGUAUUUGCUACUGUUGGCCAGAAGAGCGGCCAAGAGUACUUACAUUCCCUUGGACGGAAAAUCGCCAUAUCAACUUUUUGUCGAUUUCAUGGAACUCGUGGAGAAAUACGCCGAGGAUGUGGGAAUGACAGAAGAGGAGACUUUGGCUAUCCGACCUGCUCAGAGCACAAGUGACGCUGCGCCUAUGACUCAUGGGGAGCAGCAGGUUAGAGAACAACAAGAGCCGGAAAACCAAUCUGCAAGUGUGGAAGGGCGACUGAUGCGGAUCGCCGGCCCACCUAUACCCACAAAGUCAGGUCAAUUGGACGAAUCUAUUGAAGAUGAAGAUACCGACCCUUCCAAUCCCCGUUUAUUGGACGUCGAGCAUAUCGUGGAAAGGGAUGGUUUACAGGUGUACAAAGAUCAGGCUGGUCGGUUAUGGACAGGUCUCGCCACGUAUUGGAUAAAACGAGGGGAGUUUGAACGUGCCACCGCGACAUUUGAACGAGGUUUAGCUGCUGUCGUGACUAUCCGUGACUUUACACAGAUCUUUGAUGCCUACGCCGAGUUUUCCGAGACGAUGAUAUCCACCUUGAUGGAUGCACUAGCCGACGAGGAUAACUUGGAGGAUGAAGAGUUUGAUGCGGAGGAAACGGAGAAAGAGUUGGAUGAACGUAUGAAAGCUUUCGAAGAGCUCAUGGAUCGAAGACCUUUCCUUGUCAAUGAAGUUUUACUUCGACGUAAUCCCAACGAAGUCAUCGAAUGGGAGAAGCGAGUUGCUCUCUUUGGAGAUAAUGAUGAAAAAGUCAUUGAGACUUACCUCAAAGCUUUGGAAACUAUAAAUCCUCGUAAGGCCACAGGUCCUCUUUACCCUUUGUACGUCAACUUUGCCAAAUUCUAUGAAGAAGGGGGGUCAAAAGAUGCCGAAACGGACGAACCGAGGAACGAGCCCAAUCUCGUCGAAGCUAGGAAGAUUUUGGACAAGGCUACAAAGGUACAUUUCAAAACGGUAGAUGAAUUAGCUGAGGUGUGGUGUGAAUGGGCCGAGAUGGAAUUGCGGAAUGAGAAUUAUGAUGAAGCGGUGAGGCUCAUGCAGCGAGCGACGACAGUUCCUAAGAAUACAAAGGUGGAUUAUUACAAUGAUUCGGUACCUCCUCAAGCGAGGUUGUUCAAGAGUUUGAAGCUGUGGAGCUUUUACAGUGAUUUGGAGGAGAGUAUAGGGACGGUCGACUCAACGAAAAUGGUUUAUGAUAAGAUCAUGGAGCUCAAGAUAGCCAAUGCUCAGACCAUUGUGAAUUAUGCUGCGUUUUUGGAGGAGAAUAAAUAUUUCGAGGAGAGUUUCAAAAUUUACGAACGCGGUAUCGAGCUGUUCCAUUUCCCCGUAGCUUUCGAAAUCUGGAACAUUUACUUAUCUAAAUUUGUCAGACGAUACGGAGGCAAAAAGCUUGAACGCACCCGGGACCUCUUCGAACAAGCUCUCGAAAAUUGUCCUGCCAAAUUCUGCAAACCUCUUUAUCUCAUGUAUGCCAAAUUGGAAGAAGAACACGGUCUGGCUAAACGUGCUAUGGGUAUAUAUGACCGAGCCGCUUCUACCGUUCAAGAUUCAGACAAGUUUGAAAUGUUCACCAUUUAUAUUGCCAAAGCAGCUGCGAACUUUGGUUUACCAGCUACGAGACCUAUAUACGAGAGAGCAUUGGAAGUUUUGCCUGAUAAGAAUGCGGCGGAGAUGUGUAGAAGGUUUGCACGGAUGGAAAGGAAAUUGGGUGAGAUUGAUAGAGCUAGGGCUAUAUAUGCCCAUGCCAGUCAAUUUUGUGAUCCCAGGGUUGAGCCGGAGUUCUGGAAUGAGUGGAACAUGUUUGAAGUCGACACAGGAUCAGAAGACACAUUCAGGGAAAUGUUACGUAUCAAACGUGCCGUCCAAGCAUCAUUCAAUACUGAAGCUUCAUUCAUCACCGCUCAAGCUGCUGCGGCUCGUAAAGGAACGGAGAAACCUACAGAUGUGGCUAAACAAACCGCUAAAGACGCUGCGGAUCCUAUGGCAGCUAUGGAAAGAGAUAUGGUGACGACGGGAGGGAAAGGUGCUCCGGCAUUUGUGGCUUCUUCGUUGAAUCGGACUAACGUCAAUGGGAUCGAUGAGGGUCAAGAAGGAGGUGAAGAGGUCAUCAAUCCGGAUGCUAUAGAAGUGGAAGAUGAUGAUAUCUAG